CGUGGAAUUACGAAACCGACCGUAACUGGGCGCUGGUUUGCCAAUUGCGUGCAGGAUGAGCAGCAGGGAAACAACAACUGGCAACGCGGGACUCAUCCUUCCAGGCAACACGGUCCAGAACUUUGCGUCGCGCGUGACGAAUGCCGACGUGCUCACGCUCGCGACGAGCCUCCUCUCGACCGAAGUCACGGACCUCGAGGCCAUCGAUUUACAGCAAAACCGCAUCGGCGAAGUCGACGAGGCCGAUCCCGAAGCGCAUUUGAGCGCCAUCCGCGCACUCGCCAAGCUCUUUCUCAACACCGUGGAUGGGUACAAGUGCGUGCUGGUGCGCGUCGACUUGAGCGGAAACGAGAUCAAUAGCGACUGCAUCUCCAUCUUGUGCACAGCACUGCGCAACAACAAGACGAUCAAGUCGCUCAACCUCCGGCGCAACCCCAUGGGCAACGAAGGCGGCAUGUUUGUCGCCGAGAUGCUCGAAGGCAACACGUGCCUCGAGGCGCUCGACAUAGGCGACACGGACUUGGGCCACGGCAGCCUCAUCGCCAUGGCCACCGCCUUGUCCCUCAACGAGAGCAUAUCCAGUAUCAAUUUGGACAACCCGCUCUUGCGUACGCUCGAGGAAGAGGCACUCCAGCACCUCGGGAAGAUGCUCCAGAACAACUCGACGCUCACGCAUGUGAGUCUGUGCAAACACCACAUCUCGGACAUUGGCGCCCAAGUCCUCGCUGAGCGCUUACUUGACAACAAGACACUCACGAGUUUGCACUUGCGCGCCAACAAGAUUGGCGGCUUUGGCUCGGAAGCCCUCGCCGCGCUGCUACUGAGCGGGUCGCGCAUCGUCGAGCUCGAUUUGACGGCCAACCGCAUGACCGACGAAGGCGCAAAAGCUUUCGAAACCGUGCUCAGCGCGUCCGAGACGCUGGAGACACUCUGUCUCGGGUACAACUCGAUCGAAGACGACGGCCUCGCGCGCCUGGCGCACGGUGUUCUGCGCAAUGACAGCAGUGGUCUCAAGAAGCUCUUGGUGUGGGGCAACGACUUUGGCGCGAACGCACCUCGCGCAUUUGAUGCUCUCCACGCCCAGUCGGCUCGCAAGCUUCACAUGGACAUCCUUACCUACACGGUGGACGGUACCGUCAUGAUUGCCAAGAAGAUCGCGGACGAAGACUAAUCGCACCAAUCACAGUGCGUUUGGACCUCAUUUCAAUAAAUCCUGGAC